AUGGAGUGCACUGAAGCUGAGUGCGCACUGGUAUGGCAAUCGCAGCGAGAAGCGUUUGCUGAGGACAGCCAAGGAAGAGCCGCCAAGGGCAGCCGACUACAUGGACUGUCCCCAUACUUCGACGAGGACGGAGUAAUGCGAGCCAGCGGAAGGAUCGACGAGGCGACGAGAGAGCCAAACAGCGCUCGUCGGCCGAUCAUACUGUCUCAAGAGAAGAAAUUGGCGGAGAUGAUCGUGCAGCAUCACCACAAGAGGAUGUGCCACCAAAACACGGAGGCAGCCAUCGGAGCAAUCCGGCAGAAGUCCUGGAUUACGAACUUACGGAGGGUGGUGAGCAAGUGCAACGUUUGUAAGCCCGAGAUGUGUCCCCUGCCAGAGGACCGGCUGAAAGCCAACGAAUGGCCCUUUAAGUUUAUAAUUAAGCUAUUUGUGACGGUUGAACGUCACACGGAGAAGAGGUGGGUGGCACUGUUUACGUGUCUGACCACAAGAGCUAUCCACUUGGAGAUAGCUCACGAUUUGUCCACCGAUUCCUGCAUAAUCGCUAUAAGGAACUUCAUGAGCCGACGUUUACCCGUCGUCAGGAUUAGGAGCGACAAUGGAAAAAACUUCGUUGGAGCCGAUCGCGAGACCAACUGGUUCAGCGAAGUGUUUGAGCCUGUACAGAUCCAAGGCGAGCUGUCGUCUAAAGGAGUCGAAUGGAUCUUCAAUUCCCCGGCGAACCCAGCUGAGGCAGCCCAGGAGCACGUACUGGAGAACCUGCUGAUUGAAGCGGAGAGCAUAAUAAACUCUCGUCCGCUCACUCAUCUAUCAGUGACGGUAGACCAGGAAGCUCCACUGACACCCCACGAUUUGCUGAAUGGAGCACCCGAUGUCCCAGAUCUUUCCAAGGAUGACGGACAGGAGUCCGUGAGAUGCGCCACCAGAAAGCAGUGGCGCAUAAAAAGGAUGAUGCGGGAUCGAUUCUGGAAGGGAUGGGUGCAUGAGUACCUGCCGACUUUUCUGCGCGGGUAG